AAUUCUUCAACUUCCGUCGGAAGUGACAACCAGUCGAAAGUCGUUGAUGCCACGUUAACCCAAGAAAUCAUAAGAAAAAAGUCAUAUUUUCGUCUUAGUUACUCGUUUUUGUUGAUUGAUUUAGGGAAACUAAUUUUGUAGAUAUAAAAUGGAUUUAUUACGAAAGUUAUUUGUGCUAUUAUCACUAGUACUUACGCAAAUAACUGCUAUUCAAUUCCAUCUUUCGCCGAAUGUGAAAAAAUGCCUAAGAGAAGAAAUUCAUAAAAAUGUUACAGUAAUUGGUGAAUACGAACUUUCUCAUGCACCUGGACAAAAAACAAAUCUUCAUGUAACAGAUUCCAAGGGACAUACAUUGUACUCUAAAGAAGAAGCAGAAAAAGGAAAGUUUGCUUUUACAACUGAUGAUUAUGAUCUAUUUGAAGUUUGUUUUGAAACUAAAAUGAUCGGAGGUGGCCAUGGUCAAGACAGAGAGGUAUACCUGAGUAUGAAACACGGAGUAGAAGCUAAGAAUUAUGGAGAUAUUGCUCGGGCAGAAAAGUUAAAACCUCUAGAAGUAGAAUUAAAACGCUUAGAAGAUCUUGCUGAGUCCAUUGUCAACGACUUUGCUUAUAUGAGGGCAAGAGAAGAAGAAAUGCGUGGAACAAACGAGUCCACACAUUCAAGAGUUUUGUACUUCUCUAUUUUCUCCAUGUUUUGCCUUCUUGGAUUAGCAACCUGGCAAGUUUUAUACUUGAGGAGAUUCUUCAAAUCUAAAAAACUGAUAGAAUAA